AUGUUUGGGCUUGGAAAGCUAUUUUAUGUUUCUCUUCUUCUGGUUAACGCUAUAGCAGUUCUUUCAGAAGAUAGAUUUCUUGCAAAAAUUGGUUUUUCAGGAAAGAUAGAAUAUGGAUUUGAAAAUCAAUCAGUUUCUUCAGUUAAAUUCAAAAUUGUAAAUUUGAUUAGUGCAGUUCGAACGCUUAUGAGAAUACCAUUGAUUAUUAUUAAUACAUUGGUAAUGACAUAUUUGCUUAUGUUAGGGUGA